UUUAAUUAUUUUUGAAGAUUUAAUUUGUUCUGAUGUAUAAAUACGAGAAAACAAUAUAAAUCAGUCAAUAAUCAACUAAUAGUCUAAUAUUGAUUUUGAAUUUUUGGAUGUAGAAAGUAAAAAUCUUCUUAUGAUUCUUUUUAAUGAUCUGAUAUAUAUUUGUUGAUUAAGAUGAAGCAUUUGGGUAGUUUUAAUUCUUUCAUAGCAGCUUGAUUACCUUCAUGGCUUCCUCUUGAUUGGAAUUCACAAGCAUGAAGCAUCCUCUUUAAGCAAUGAUAAGGCAAAGAAAUGAGUGGCUGACAAGAGAGACUGAAAAUUAUUUUCUUAUUGUUUUAUUUAAAUUAUUUUGUUGGAAUUCACAAAUCACAAGCAUUCUCUUUAAGUAAUGAUAAGGCAAAUUCUCUUUAAGCAAUGAUAAGGCAAAGAAAUGAGUAGCUGACAAGAGAGGCUAAAAAUUAUUUUGUUGUUGUUUUAUUUAAAUUAUUUUGUUGUAUACUUGUAUUUAUAAUUUUAUAUUGUAAUUUUUAAUUUGUGUAGAAUUGUGUAUUUAUAAUUUUAUACUUGUAUUUAUAAUUUUGUAUUUAUAAUUUUAUCUUAUUAGUAAUGGAGAAAUAUUUCAAAAGAACCUCAUCAUUGGAGAUUGGAUCCCAAAACAAUUCAUCAACCUCUUCUAAUAAAAGGAGGUUUUUAGAAUUCAAAGUAGAUAAUCUUAUAGCAGAUCCAGGACAACGACCAAAUAUUUCAAGUUAUCACCCGAAUGACAGAGACAAAGUUAGAUGUGCAUAUUUGCAAAAAGGUCCUUGUCAACCAAGGACUCAUGGUUUUCCGCAAACUGUUUGUGGUUCUUCUUUUCGAAGAUUUAAUCCUAAUUGGUUUGAUGACUAUGGCAACUGGUUAGAGUAUAGUAUAUCAAAAGAUGCUAUUUUUUGUCUUUGUUGUUAUCUUAUGAAACCUGAGACUGAAGGUGGUGAUGCUUUUGUAACUACUGGCUUUUCAAAUUGGAAAAAAAAGGAGAGACUACAAAUUCAUGUUGGGAUUCAUGAUAGCGCUCAUAAUCAAGCUUGGAGAAAAUGUGAAGCACUUAUGAGACCAAAACAACACAUCACUGCUGCUAUUGAAAAACAAUCUGAGCAAGCUAAAAAGAAUUAUCAAAUUCACUUGACAGCAACAAUUGAUUGUAUUAGAUUUCUUUUGCGACAAGGAUUGGCCUUUCGUGGUAAUGAUGAGACAGAUGAUUCUGUUAAUCAAGGAAAUUUUUUGGAACUUCUAAACUUUCUUGCGCAACAUAAUGAAGAGAUUGGUCAUGCUUUCAAAAAUGCUCGUGGGAAUCUUAAACUAAUAGCACUCUCAAUUCAAAAAGAUAUUGUAAGAGCUGAUGCAAGGGAAACGACAAAAGUUAUUAUAGAUGAUCUUGGGGAUGAAUUAUUUGCUGUAUUGGUUGAUGAAGCCCGUGACAUUUCUAUUAAGGAGCAAAUGUCAGUUUGCUUAAGGUAUGUGAACAAAGAAGGACAAGUUAGGGAGCAUUUUCUUGGUCUUGUUCAUGUUUCUAAUACUAAUGCUUUAUCUCUAAAAUUAGCAUUGGAGUCAUUAUUAGAAACAUAUAAUUUAAGUUUAUCAAGAGUACGUGGACAAGGAUAUGAUGGUGCAAGUAACAUGCAAGGAGAAUUUAAUGGUUUGAAAACUUUGAUAUUGAAAGAAAAUUCUUAUGCUUUCUAUGUACAUCGCUUUGCUCACCAACUUCAGUUAGCUCUUGUAACGGUUGCAAAAAAACAAGUUGAAAUUGCUUUGCUUUUUAAUUUGUUAACUAAUUUGUGCAAUGUUGUUGGAGUUUCGUGUAAACGAAGAGAUAUGCUUCGUGAUAGUCAAAUGACUAAGACAAUUGAAGCACUAAAAAGUGGAGAAAUUUCUAGUGGGCGUGGUUUGAAUCAAGAAAUAGCUUUAAAAAGAGCUGGAGACACUAGAUGGGGUUCACACUAUGGAACUAUACUUGGAUUAAUUUCUUUAUUUCCUUCUGUGGUUAAUGUUCUUGAAUAUGUUGAGGAAGAUGGAAAUAAUUCAGAACAAAGAGCUGAAGCAUGUCAUUUAUUGAAUGUCAUUCAAUCCUUUGAAUUUAUUUUCAACUUGCACUUGAUGAAAAAUAUCUUGGGAGUUACUAAUGAGUUAUCUCAAGCGUUACAAAGGAAUGAUCAAGACAUUGUAAAUGCUAUGGCAUUAGUCAAAGUGUCUAAGCAACGGUUGCAAAAUAUAAGAGAUGAUGGCUGGUCUCUUUUACUUGACGAAGUCUCACUAUUUUGUGACAAACAUGAUAUUACUGUUCCAAUCAUGGAUGAUAUAUUUGUGUCACAAGGAAGAUCAAGACGCAAAGCUCAAAAGAUAUCAAAUUUUCAUCAUUUUCAAGUUGAGAUAUUCUAUCAAGUAGUUGAUAGACAACUUCAAGAACUCAAUAAUCGUUUUACAGAGGUGAAUACUGAAUUGCUUCUUUGCAUAGCUUGUUUGAAUCCAAGACACUCAUUUUUUGCAUUUGAUAAGGAGAAGUUGAUCCAGUUAGCUCAAUUCUAUCCAUUAGAAUUUUCUUCCACUCAACUUUUGGCACUUGACAGUCAACUUGAGAACUUCAUACUAGAUGUGCGUUCUGAUGAUUAAUUCUCAGACUUAAAUGGAAUUGGUGCUCUUUCUUAGAAGUUGGUUGAGACUCGAAAAAAUAUUGUUUAUCCAUUAGUGUUUCUUCUUUUGAAGUUAGCAUUAGUUUUGCCCGUAGCAACUGCAUCAGUUGAAAGAACUUUUUCUGCUAUGAACAUCAUAAAGAGUCGACUUCGAAACCGUAUGGGAGACGAAUUUUUAAAUGAUUGUUUAGUGACAUACAUAGAAAGAGAGACAUUUGAUUGUAUUGACAAUGAAAAGAUUAUUCAAUCUUUUCAAAAUAUGAAACCUAGAAGAAUGGAAUUCUAA